AUGAAGCCCUUGAUUUUUCUUCUUCUAUCAAUUCUACUUGUUGUCAAUGCACAAUGGGGAUAUUCAAAUUACUACAUCCCGAAUGCUAACUACUAUUCACCGUAUGCCCCAGUGCAAUUGCCUUCACGAACUGUCGGUGCAUGGAUUGGCCCCGGGGGAUUCAAUCAACCCGGUCACACAACCAUUCCCAUAUCCUCAUCAUGGUCCACUUCCACUUCCACUACUUACUAUAGUGGAUAUGGUGGAUAUGGUGGAUAUGGAGGAUAUUAUGGAUGGGGAAAA